CCUGGGAGGCGGACGUCUAUCUACCCUAGAAACACACAUAACACAAGUUUCACGCCGCGCGAACCGCUUCGCGCGCGGCUGUGCUGAUUGUCAACGCCUGACAGCCUUUGGGGGUCUGCUACAGAUAACCAAUCGCCCGGCCCGCUGCCAGCGCAAGUGCUUGCACCUUUCGCCUUUGCGGAGGCAACCUGUGAACCCUGUGCUUGCUCCACAGCGCAUAGAUUUUUUCAUGGCCGCAAAAACUGCGCAAAAACGCGGGGCGCAGAAGCGGGGCGGGACGGUGCCGCCCGCGGCGAUCGCGGCGCUGCGCCGGAUCGCUCCCGCGCACGUGCCCGACGCCGCGCUGGUGGCGCUCGCAAAGGGCGGCGACGCCCAAAAAGCGAAAGCCGAGGUGACGCGGUGGUGGCGCGAGGCCGCGCCGACGCGCAAAGGCCAGUGGUGGCGCGAGCUCGCGGCGUCGGAGACGGACCCCAUUUCGUUGGAGCCGCUCAACCGGCUGCGCGUCGAGCCCUUCGAGAUCGACGAGGACGGCCACAAGAUGCUCUUCGACGCGCGCGUGCUCGCGGCGUACCUGGUCUCCUCGAACGUCUUCGCGAAUCCGCUCACGCGGCGGCCGCUGCGGCGGGAGACGUGCGCCUCGUUGGACGCGCACCUCGAGAAGCACGGCCGCGCGAAGGACGCGACCGUGGCGCGCGCGUUGGACCUCUCGCGCGACGACGACGCGCAACGGAGGCUCCAGUCCGAGAGGCUGCGGGCCGAGUCGCGCCGCGUCCUCGCCGCCUUGUUCGGGGGCGACGCGGAGAGCCUGGGCGCGCGGCAGGUGCGCUUGGCGGAGGACGCGGCGCGGCGGGCGGAACGGGGCGGCGGCGGUCUGGUGGUCGAGGAUGCGGACGUCGGCGUCUUCCAGGAGGCGGCGCCGAGCGCGGCGCCGCGGCCGCCGCCGCCGGACAGCGCCGAGUCGUACCCGGUCCUGGAGAGCGCGACGCGGCGCCGGGACGACGCCGCCUUCUGGGCGCGCCGCGCCCAAGCCGCCCCGCGCGGGCUUUUUUCGGCGCCGCCGCGGCCUGUGUGGAAAUCAACCAGUGCGUCGGGUGCACUAAGUCGUUUCUCGGCGAUGGCGCGGCCGUCCUGGCUCGGUCGAGCGGCGAGGAGCCGGCAUCGCCACGCCGUCGAGCCGGCGUCGCGUCGAUGGCGUGGAGGACGACGCGAUGAUUCAGCACGAACGCGCCGUAAAAUUUUGAUUUCCGCACAGGCCGCGGCCCCGGGCCGCGCCGUCGACGAACGACCGCCUGCUCGCGCGGAACCGGCGCCUCGCGGACGCGUUCGGCGUCGAUCGACAGCGCGCCGCGCAAACGGUCGCGUGGCCGCCGGCGCUGGUCCUCUGCCGUGCGAAAAAUCAACCGGUGAGUCGAAGGCCGUGAAAUGUUGAUUCAUACACAGGUCCUCUGGGCGCAGCGGACGCUCGCGACCCACGUCGACGGUUUGGCCGGGGGCGGCGGCGCGUUGCGCGCGUUGGAGCGGAAGCUGGCGCGGUGCUGCGAGGCGGACGGCGAGGUGCCGCUGCCGGCGCGCGCGACGCGGGCCGACUCGACCCGCGCCGCCGAGGUCGCGGCGCUCUACGGGCUCCGCGCGGAAGAAUACGCCGACGGCGCGGUGCGGUACCUGAGCUGCCGCCGCUUGCCCGGCGCGCGGCCGCCGCAGCCGCUCCUGAGCGAGCACGCCGCGACCGCGCCGCCGCCGCCCGCGCCCGCGCCGACGGCGCCGCCGCCGCCCGCGCGCGCGCCACCGUCACCCACGUCGUGGACCUGCGACCGGUGCACGCUCGUGAACGCGCCCGGCACGACGGUCUGCCAGGCGUGCGACGCGGAGCGACCUCGGGAGGUCGUUCGCGGCGGCCCGCGCGGCGCACCGGCGGCGCCGGAGCCGCCUCCGCCGCCCGAGGCGACGCCUACUACCUGGGAAAUGCUCGGGUCCGACGACGACGACGACGACGAGGCCGACGACGGCGGCUUGACGCGGCCGUCGCCCGCGAGGGUGUUGACCGUCGCGCCGGACGACGUGUGCGUCUGCUGCCUCGAGCUCUUGGCGUUGGAAAACACGAAGGUGAUGGCGUGCUGCGGUACGACCCUCCACGCGCGGUGUCUUUCGGACUGGCUGGCGGCCGCGCAGCGGUUGUCUACGGAGGGCGACCGCGUCGGCGAAUCGGCGACGUGUCCCAACUGCAGGCAGGUCAUCCCGCUCUCAAUCUCCGUGCUGCCGAACCCGCGCAUGCAGUACGCCUAGCCUGUUUAAUGUGACUUGAC